AUGGACUCUUACUCCGGUAUUGACAUGAAAUUGCUUGAACAUACCGAUGGGUCUGGUCUGCCAUGUUUACCACCGCAUCCUCGCCCGUCAUACCCAGAUGAAGUGAUGGAUGGUCGAACCCUUACUUCGAACGCGCGACUUCUUAAACUGCCACAGGAGGUAUUGACCCAGAUCAUUGGCGACAUCGACACGUUUGCCGACCUUAGGAAAUUCGCUCUUUCCAGUAAGGACUGUUGUCAGGUUGCUCGAUCUCGCCUGUUCUGCGGCGUCUAUCCAAAGUGUAAUAGAGCGAGAUACAAGUUAACAUCUUUGAUGAGCCAAGAGGCCAAGCUGCGAAAAGACCACCAGCCUUAUCCGUCUAUAGGCCCAUGCGUUCGACACAUUAAGUUCAGGGUAGACGAAAAUAUGAAUUGGCUCUGGCUUUGUCCAAAGAAUCAGCAGGGCUGGCGCUCUGACUCAGGAUCAAUAUUGAUUCAAGACCGUGUCGAAGGGUUCCCAGAGACCAUAUCUCAUUUGAUGUUAUCACCAACCCUCCGGACAAUUGGCCUGAGCUAUUUACACUAUAUCAUCAGGCGUGAGUUACUGCCUACCGAGAAAAGGCUCAGGCCGUCUAAAAUCAAGCUUCAACUGCAAAACCUCUACAUUUCUAAUUGUUCUUUUACCUACAAGAGACGGGUAAGAGGAAAGGAUGAGCCGAAACCUCACAAUCUUGCUAGCAACUAUCUUGAACCAAUAGUCAAACAACUCAUCGACGCUGCAUCUCCCAAACUUGAAACAUUUUACUGGGAUAUGAGUAUAUCUGCACGGAACACUUAUGGCACAGAGCAUGCAAGAUGCUCUCUUGUCGAAAAGGAGCCGAGGCCAAACUUCGAGCAGCUUCGUAGACUGUUUCUGAAAGUAGCCUUCGAGGAUGAUGGGACAUGGGAAUGUCUCUUAGAUUCGCCAGGACUCCGCGAUCUCGGCGUUCACGUCUUUCUGAAUGACGAUAUAUGGGCUAAGAGCCUUGAAAAGGCUGGACGUAUGGAGAAGUUGAGAAGCUUCGAAUGGUCUAGUAAAAAGGAUUAUUUGUACACGGGCAAUCAAGCCCCACGACCCGGCAUACCAGUCGAUUUCUUGAAAUCCAAUGAUCAGAUCACCAGGUUGAGUCUGGUAGCAGAGAAAUCAAUGGUUGCGAAUGUCAACGACGUACUAGGCCUCGACGUCCUUCCAUUACUAGCGCAGUCCUUUCGCAACCUAACCUCACUCCGUAUUUGGUGCGAUGGAUGGACUAUGCCUCUCGAUCAUCUCCAAUACAUCAGCCAACUCAAGCAGCUCGAAAAACUCAGCCUCGGUGUCGACAGACGCGCACAGUACUGGUUCAUCUGCCACCCUGAAAUAUUGUUUUCCCUACGACCACUACGAUAUCUCAAAGCGAUCGCAUUCCAUCGGGAUAUAUACCCACGUCUAUCCGAAGACUAUGACCCUGCGUCGAACCCAUAUCGUCACUUUGUGAGCCCCUACUCCUACUACGAUGAUAAAAUGGUAAACCAAAAUCCGGAGCCCCUUGUUUGGGAUUCGAGCAUAACACGGCAAGAGGUGGCUAAUCAUCAGUCACUAUGGUGGGACAUCCACAGACAGCGCAUGAAAAGUUACGCCGACGAGUAUCUAGAGGCAUUGCCAGUCUUGCAAUGGAUGUACCUGGGACAGUGCUAUUAUGAGUGUGAUCGAAGCGUGCCCGAAAGCAAAAAGUUUGUGCUUCGUGAUCCUCCAGGACCACAUGAUUUCAGUUACGGCUUGGAUGCUUUGAUUGGGUGGAGAGAGCGGUGUUAG